UGAGGGAGCCACCACGACUCGCCUGCCUCCUGCCACCGGCACAGCGCGGGCCCCGCCGCGCCCCCGACGUCCGCCGCCGCCACGCCGCCACGCCCCUCUCCGCCCUCGCGGCCGCGCGCCCGGCCCGGCGCACCCUCCGGCGCACCCACCGGCGCACCCUCCGGCGCCUGCCUGACCUGGGCCAGCUCCACGCCGUAGACCGCGUCCAGCGCGUCCGGCCGGCAGGACUCCGUCCAGGACUCCGUCCAGGACUCCGUCCAGGAGGAUGACGCUCACCAACAUGUCGCUGGUGACGCUGGCGCCACCCAUCAUGACGGGUGUCGCGUACGGCGUCGCGUACGGGGAGGAGGACGUGUCCCCCGUCACCCUGGACGCCCACUGGAACAAGGUGGGCCGCCUGUUGCUGCUCGCCGCCAUGGCGGUCAUCGGCUCCGUCGGCAACGUGUUCUUCAUCAGCUCCAUCCUCAUCGAAGACUUCCUCAAGCAGCGCGGCAACGCGUUCCUCGUGAACGUGGCGCUUGCCGACCUGCUGGUCACCGGGCUCGUAUUCCCGGCCUCAGCCGUCGUCAUCCUGGCUGGACUGCGCGACACUCAGACGGCCUGCAGUUUUCAUUGGAUCGUCGCCGUCCUCAGCGUCCUGGUGACGCUGCUGACCUACUCGGCCAUCGCCGUGGAGAACCUGAUGCGCCUGUGCCUGCCGCCCUCGUGGUACGAGCACGUCACCCCGUGCAAGAUCACGAGCCUGGUCUUCCUCAUCUGGAUCGUGAGCGGCAGCGUGGUCGGGGUGCAGACGGCGCUGCCGCUGGGGCCGGACUACUGCCACCGCAAGUUCCCGGGGCUGGUGCCGUACCAGAUGGCGGUGAUGGUGGUGCUGGUGGCCGUGCCGCUGUUGGUCACGCUGCUGUGCUUCAUCGUGAUCCUGGUGCGGGUUCACUCGGCCAAGCUGCCACCCAGCUACAAGCCGCCCAUCACCUUCUCGUGGGACUUCUCACUCAUGAAGACCAACUUCCUCUCCUUCUUCUGCUUCGUGAUAUUCUGGAUGCCGUUCGGCAUGGUGCUGGAGGUGCAGUCCAUCAACACGGUGUCCCCGCGAGUACUCUACCACUUGGCCUGGUUCGCGCUCAGCAAGUCGUGCCUCAACAACUACCUGUACUGUGUGACCAACCGCCACUUCCGGAACGCGUACGUCAACCUGUUCCACUACUGCUGCUGCAAGACGACGGUGGCGCUGUCCCGGCGACCACGCCCCGAGGCCUCGCGGCCCACCGGGGACGUGCGCGUGCACAUCAUUCCGGGCUACAACAUGUACUCGUACACCUCCCCGCAGCGCGCCGAGCGCAACGCGGCCUCCGCGGCCAAGCCCACGGCCAAGCGCCCCCCGCGGCCGCCCGGCGGCAGGGGCAACGGCAGGGAGGUGUAUGAGCUGUAGGCGCGCUUAAAGGCGGCUGUAGGGACCACCCGAUGCCUCCCUCUAAGCUGGUACACCUCGGGGGGGACGUCGUCGAUGCUGACCUCUGGACCCUCUGGACGACGGUGCGGUAAGCGAAACGAAAUGCAUUGGUGGGAGAGAAGCCCACGCGGUGGUGGUGGUGGUGGAGACCAAUGAACUGUGUCAGCAAUGAUCGCUCCUUUCUUUAAUGUGCAUAUAUGAAACACUUUGCCUGGUUCUACUCAACUCUAUUGUGUGUUUUUACGGUAUGCCUAAGCUUGUGCUACCGACUGCGACUGUCUUAGAGCUGAAUUAUUUAGUGCUUUUUAUUUUAUUAUCAGAACUAUAAGUACUUAUAGUGGGAGUGUAAAACUUGAAUUUGUGGAAUCAUGUUGUAUGUAAGACCUGUGCAUUUCUUAGCGAAAGGAACUGGCGUUGGAAUUGUUAGACUUUUUCAUUUGUUACAUGUGUCUUUUCUAGUGGCCAAUAAGUAAUAUCAACAAAAUAGUUAAGAGACGUAGUAACAUUUGGUGUCUCCAAAACGUUUUAAAAUGUACAAAUUUGUGAUUGACUAUUUUCACAUUGUGCCAAUGAAAUAAAGCUCGUUAUUUGGUACGUAUAUUUGGUGAGCGUCAAGGAUAAAUUAUGACAUCAUCACAUGUCAUAUUGAGCCAACAAACUAUAAGAAACAUACUUCCGGCACUAGAGACGAAUUUUAUUAAAAUUUUACAAAAUACUGUGAUGUAUAUGUCGUAUAUAUCA